GCUUCACCAGGUUCUCCCGGCUCGCUGGCGUCCCCCGUGUCGUGUCUGCUCCCCUGCAGGGCGCGAUGGGGUUCGUCCUCUCCAAGGCCAUGAACGACAGCCUGAAAGGUCAGCAGGAGUUUAUGCGGCUCCAGCUGGAAAGGCAACUAGUACUGCAGAACCUAAUGAGAGAGAGACAAACAGCCAUGCAGAUUGCUUGGACACGAGAAUUUCUCAAAUACUUUGGGACAUUUUUUGGACUUGCUGCUGUUGUUUUAACAACUGGAGCAAUAAAAAGGAAGAACCCAGCAGUUUUACUGCCAAUACUUCCCUUAAGCUUUGUAUUUUCUUAUCAUUAUGAUGUGGGCUAUGGGACACUGUUGCAAAGGAUCAAAGGUGAAGCAGAGAACAUACUUGAUACACAGAGCACUUUGCUAGAAUUGCCAAAAGGACCUCUCACAUUUGAAGAUUUGGAGAAGAUCAGAAUAUCUCAGAACAAUUUAUUCAGAGAAAAAUAGGAAGAUGGUAUUAAAGCUACAUAUCUGAAAUGUGAUUAUAAUACUGCAUUUCAACAUAAAUAAAUCAUUAAAAAUUUGAUAAGAUUAUGAGCUCUUAUAAAAUAAAAAAUUAAUUAUUUUUUUUAAUAGUACUUUCAAAAGCAAUUUGUUUCAUAUUAUAUGUAUGUCUUAAAAAUAUUCCUUGUUCUGUAGUAUAUUUUCCUUGGUUAUAAUGAAAUACUGAGUUUGCAUUGUCUAUUCAGAGUCUGAAAAUAACUUUCACCUGCAAUAAAGAUGUCUGGUACUGACCUAACACAGUAUGGUAAUUGGCAGUUAUAAGUUUGUAUAAAUAUAUAUAAAUUAUAUAAAUAAAUAGAUACCAAUUUCAGAUGUAUAUCAGGAUACACAGCUCAACUUGAAGUCAGGAGCAGGCAGUCAGUUUUUUUGAGAAGUAAGACACUUUGUUUGCUGUUCUUUAGGCAGUGAAGUCACCAUCUCUGCUCCAAAUUCUGAUGGAAUAAAUAGCUUUUACCAGAAGUAGGUUCAGAAGUAAACACAUAACUUGCUAACUGUGUUUUACUCUUAUGGAAAACUGUGUUAAAGUAUGAGCAGAGAUAGUUUCUGAAAAAGAGGAGACAAAUUAUGUAGCUAUUUCCUGAGUCUUUUUCAUGCUUGUCCAACAUUCUGAAACUCAGGAUAAUUUGGUUUUUGAUAAUUGAAAUCAGAGUUUCACUACUAAGAUGAAUAUUAACUUUGGCUAACAGCAAGCAAAAUUAUUAAUGCAUGUUUUUAUAAUGAGUAGAUCCAAGUGGCCUUGUAAGUACUGAAAAACUGUGGGAUUUUUUCCAUGCCUUUACUCUAGCAUGGUAGAUACUGAUAGUUUUAGUGUACUUUAAUGUUCUGAUGCCACACUUGGAAAAAAAUUAAUCUUUCUGUAUUGGAAAUCUUGUUUAGAAACAGAUUAUUUUGUGUUCUGGAUGGAAAUUAUUCUAGCAUUAAUCUAAUUGUGGAAUGAAAAACAAAUGCUCAAAAAGCAUCCAAAAAUGAAUUAAGCUGAAGUCUGUACUGACAAUUUGUUGACUUAAAAAUUAAAUUCCAGCUGGAGAUAAUGCCCCAAACAUGAUUUUGAAGACAACUUAACUAAACUUAGAAUAUUGUUACAGUAAGACAGGCAAAUAUAUAAUGAAACAAAAGCUUCUGAAUAUAGAAGAAAUUAAUAGCACAGUUUCCACGGUUUGACUUCUGAAAGUACACUCACUUCUGUAUUCUGCACUCAGUCACUUCUGUAAUUGGUUCUGUCUUCUGCAGGUUGACAAUGCAUACUGUCUGUAACUGAUUUCAAAUGGGAUGUGUUUUAAUAGUCAGUGUAAUAAAAUGAACACAAGUA